AUGUCUCAAGAAGAACAAGCCAAAGCGGCUUCUGCAACUGUGUCUGCAUCCCCAUCUCAAUCUCCAGCUCCUGUAGGUGAAGUUAUCUUAGGUGAAGAUGGGCAACCAUUAUCCAAGAAGGCCUUAAAGAAGUUACAAAAGGAGCAAGAAAAGCAAAAAAAGAAGCAUGAAAGAGCUUUACAAUUACAACAAGAAAAGGAACAACGUGAAAAGGAAGCCUUAUUAAAUGAUACUGCCAAGGAUAAUUAUGGUAAAGGUGCGCUCGUUCAAUCUACUGUCCGUACUGGCGAGAAGAGAAUUAAAUUUAAUGAAUUGGAUGAAGCUAAUGAUGAUGGUAAGGAAGUCUUGUUUAGAGCUAGAGUUCAUAAUACUAGACAACAAGGUGCUACUUUAGCAUUUUUAACUUUAAGACAACAACAUGAUUUGAUUCAAGGGUUAGUUAAAGUUAAUAAUGAAGAUGGAUCUAUUAGUAAACAAAUGGUAAAAUGGGUUGGUUCAUUAAAUUUGGAAAGUAUUGUUCUUGUUAGAGGUAUUGUUAAGAAAGUGGAUGAACCAAUUAAAUCUGCUACUGUACAAAGUUUGGAAGUUCAUAUUACUAAGAUUUAUACUAUUUCUGAAACUCCUGAAACUUUACCAAUUUUAUUGGAAGAUGCAUCUCGUUCCGAGGCUGAAGCAGAAAAGGCGGGUUUACCGAUUGUUAAUUUGGAUACUAGAUUAGAUGCUAGAGUGAUUGAUUUAAGAACUGUUACUAAUCAAGCCAUUUUCAAGAUUCAAAGUGGUGUUUGUCAAUUAUUUAGAGAGUUUUUAAGUAAUUUGAAAUUCACAGAAGUUCAUACACCAAAGUUAUUAGGUGCACCAAGUGAAGGUGGGUCUAGUGUUUUUGAAGUUUCAUAUUUCAAAGGUAAAGCUUAUUUAGCUCAAUCUCCACAAUUUAAUAAACAACAAUUGAUUGUUGCAGAUUUUGAAAAAGUUUUUGAGAUUGGGCCUGUAUUUAGAGCAGAAAAUUCUAAUACACAUCGUCAUAUGACUGAAUUUACAGGAUUAGAUAUGGAAAUGGCGUUUGAAGAACAUUAUCAUGAAGUGUUAGAUGUUUUGAGUGAUUUAUUUGUUUUCAUCUUUAGUGAAUUAAAGAAAAGAUUUUCUAAAGAAAUUGAAAUUGUUCGUAAACAAUAUCCGGUGGAAGAUUUCAAAUUACCAAAGGAUGGUAAGAUGGUUCGUAUUAAAUAUAAGGAAGGUAUUGAAAUGUUAAGAGCUGCUGGUAAAGAAAUUGGAGAUUUUGAUGAUUUAAGUACAGAGAAUGAGAAAUUCUUGGGUAAAUUAGUUAGAGAGAAAUAUGAUACUGAUUUCUACAUUUUGGAUAAAUUCCCUCUAGCAAUCCGUCCAUUCUAUACUAUGCCAGAUGCAGAAGAUCCUCGUUAUUCUAAUUCUUAUGACUUCUUUAUGAGAGGUGAAGAAAUUUUGUCUGGUGCUCAAAGAAUUCAUGACCAUGAAUUAUUACAAGAAAGAAUGAAAGUUCAUGGAUUAUCUAGUGAAGAUCCAGGUUUGAAAGAUUAUUGUGAUGGUUUCAGUUAUGGAUGUCCACCUCAUGCUGGUGGUGGUAUUGGGUUAGAAAGAGUUGUUAUGUUCUAUUUAGAUUUGAAGAACAUUAGAAGAGCUUCGUUAUUCCCAAGAGAUCCAAAGAGAUUAAGACCAUGA